AUGACGAGUCCGAGCUUUCGUUCGCGGGGAGAGAGAGCUAUAGCACCGUACGGCGUCGCGCCUAAUCUCCGACUGAGAGCUUUCGGGCGGAUCGACGAUCGAGAGGGCGGCCGUGGAAAAUGCUGUCCGAACAAUUCCGAAGUUAACCGAACGCACCCGAGCGGCUACGAACGAACACGACCUGUCGCGUCACCUGCUACACGACCAACUGUUGCGCGACCGUUGAUUUUUUGCCAACCCCCCGAUGACUAUCAGGAAAAUUAG